AUGAAGAUUAUCCAUCAAAACGGAUAUACAAAAGAUGAGCUCAUGAAUUGGAGAGUGACAGUAUACCGCAACCUGAUUCAGUCGGCUCAAGCGAUUGUCAAUGCAUUAAAUCAAUUUGAAUAUCAACUUCAGUCAGAGAAGGUGGAAUACGAAGCUCAGCGUAUCAUUGAAUAUCGAUUAGAAGAAAACAUAGACCCAUUAUUCAUUGAUGCUGUCAUUGCUGUUUGGAAUGACCCUGCAGUUACACUAUUGCUGGAUAAUAAAUCAACAGAAUUCUACCUUAUGGAUUCAGCAUCAUAUUUCUUUGAGGAUAUCAAGAGGAUUGGCCAGCAUAAUUACGUGCCAACAGCACAGGAUGUACUGAGAGCUAGAUCAAAGACGACUGGUAUCGUAGAGACAAGAUUUAUGAUCAAAGAGACAAGUAUACAUAUGUUUGAUGUAGGAGGACAGCGAUCAGAAAGAAAGAAAUGGAUUCAUUGCUUUGAAGCCGUGAAGUCCAUCAUAUUUUGUGUCUCACUAUCUGAAUAUGAUCAAGUGCUGCUUGAGGAAUCUCGACAGAACCGAAUGAUGGAGAGUCUCGUGUUGUUUGAAUCCGUUGUUAAUAGCCGCUGGUUUCUACGAACGACCAUCAUCUUGUUUCUGAACAAGAUUGACGUAUUUCGACAAAAGAUCAAAAAGAUACCCCUGGAAAGAUUCUUUCCUGACUAUGGAGGAGGAACAGACCUCAACAAAGCAGCCAAAUACAUCCUAUGGCGCUUUAACCAAACCAACCGUGCAAAGCUUAGCAUUUAUCCACAUCUUACACAAGCUACAGAUACUUCAAAUAUUGCUCACGUAUUCAAUGCAAUUAAAGACACCAUAAUACAAAACCAUCUGAAAGACUCUGGCAUACUAUAA